CUGAACAUGGAGGGGGCGCUGGUCGCCCGGGAUAAGGUUGGCAUCCAGGACUUCGUUCUCCUGGACGAGACCACGGAGACGGCCUUCAUGGAGAACCUGAAGAAGCGCUUCGAUAAGGACCUCAUCUACACCUACAUCGGCGCCCUGGUCGUGUCGGUGAACCCCUACAAGGACCUCGACAUUUACAACUCCAACCAGAUGGAUCUUUACAUGGGGGUCAACUUCUUCGAACUGCCCCCACACAUCUUCGCCCUGGCGGACACGGUGUACCACGCCAUGAUGCUGGAGCUCAACAACCACUUCAUCCUGAUCUCCGGGGAGAGUGGCGCGGGGAAGACGGAGGCCUCCAAGAAGAUCCUGCAGUACUACGCCGCGUGCUCCCCCGAGACCGACCUGCUCACCUCCGUCAGGGACAAGAUGCUCAUGUCCAACCCCGUCCUGGAGGCCUUCGGCAACGCCAAGACUCUGAAGAACGACAACUCCAGUCGCUUUGGGAAGUACAUGGACAUCCAGUUCAACAGCGAGGGAGAGGCGCUGGGCGGACACAUCCUCAACUACCUACUGGAGAAGUCCCGGGUGGUGCAUCAGAACCAUGGAGAGAGGAACUUCCACAUCUUCUACCAGCUGGUGGAGGGCGGGGAGGAAGACCUUCUGCACCAACUUGGUCUUGAGAGAGACUGCCUGUACUACAACUAUCUCACGCAGGGUGAAUGUGCCAUUAUGUCCUCCAUCAACGACAAGAAUGACUGGAAGACGGUGAAGAAUGCCCUGAAGGUCAUAGAGGUCAGCGAGAGUGACCGGACGGACUUGUUUGGAGUGGUCGCGAGCGUCCUUCACCUAGGGAACGUGGAGUUUGACCCGGACAGCCGAGGGAACGCCAGCCUGGACAACAACACUGAGCUGCGCUGGGUCUCCACGCUGCUGGGGGUGAACGCACAGACCCUGCAGGAGGGUCUCACCUAUCGGAAGAUCAGAGCCCAGCAGGAUCAGGUUCUAAGCCCGUUUAACAUCGACCACGCUAUCUACGUGAGGGACGCCCUGGCCAAGGCCAUGUACGGUCGCACCUUCACCUGGUUGGUCCGGCAGAUCAACGAGUCCAUGGAGAACAAGGACGACACAAUGAAGAUGGUUAUAGGAUUAUUGGACAUAUAUGGGUUUGAGGUGUUCUAUGUAAAUAGUUUCGAACAGUUCUGUAUAAACUACUGCAAUGAGAAGCUGCAGCAGCUCUUCAUCCAGCUCACACUCAAGUCUGAGCAGGAGGAGUACGAGGCCGAGGGCAUCGAGUGGGAGGCCGUCCAGUUCUUCAACAACAAGAUCAUUUGUGACCUGGUGGAGGAGAGACACAGAGGCAUCAUCUCCAUACUGGACGAGGAGUGCCUCCGACCGGGCGACGCUACAGACCUGACCUUCCUGGAGAGACUGGAGGAGAAGAUGGGAGACCACCCCCACUUCGUCACGCACCGGCUGGCCGACAUCACGACCCGGAAGACCCUCGACCGGGGAGACUUCCGCCUGCUGCACUACGCCGGGGAGGUCACCUACUGCGUCGUGGGGUUCCUGGACAAGAACAACGACCUGCUGUACAAGAACAUCAAGGACCUGAUGGGCCAGUCGAAGAACGCCAUCGUCAGGGAGGUGUUCUGCAACGCAGACGCAGACAGCCGCCGCAGGCCGGAGACGGUGGCCACCCAGUUCAAGAGCAGCCUCCUGAAGCUGACCGAGAGCCUCCUGGCUAAGGACGCCUGGUACGUCCGCUGCCUCAAAUCCAACGAGUCCAAGAAGCCAGGCGUGCUGGACGAGGCGCUGGUCCGCCACCAGGUGAAGUACCUGGGUCUGAUGGAGCACCUGAGGGUUCGGCGGGCCGGCUUCGCUUACCGCCGGCGCUACGAAGUCUUCCUACAGAGGUACAAGGCCCUGUGUCCGGCCACCUGGCCUCACUGGUUGGGGCUGCCCAUGGACGGCGUGCAGGUGCUGGUCCAACACCUGGGCUACAUGCCCUACGAGUACAAGAUGGGACGAACCAAGAUCUUCAUCCGUCAUCCCAAGACUCUGUACGCCACGGAGGACGCCUUCGAAAGGUGUAAGCAUGAGCUAGCCACAAAGCUCCAGGGCAAAUACCGAGGCUACAAGGCCAAAGGAGAGCUGAAGAAGAGGAAGGAAAACGCAUUCCAGAUGGACGUGGCCUGGAAGGCAGCUCAGGCCAGGAAGGAGGUGGAGAGACGGGAUUGGGCGGUGAAGGUCAUUAAGAAAUUCAUCAACGGUUUUAUCAAUAGAGGUGACGCCAGGUCCACGGACAACUCAGAAUACCUGGCCUUCGUGAGACAGAGCUACCUGAACCGCCUCAAGCUCAAGCUGCCCCAAACGGUCCUGGAUAAGACCACCUGGCUCACCCCACCGUCGGUGUGCCAGGAGGCCUCGGAGUUGCUGCGCAAAGUCUACUAUCGGCUCAUGGUGAGGAAGUACGUGAGAGGGAUCUCCCAGCAGAAGAAAGGACAGCUGCAGAUGAAGGUGGUUACCAGUGCUAUCUUCAAGGGCAAGAAGGACAGUUAUCCGCAGAGCAUCACUCGGUCGUUCCUGGACACCAGGAUCGGUGAAGCCGACAUCAACCCGAAAGUCCUGCAGAUGAUUCGUAACGAGCGUGUAAAGUACAGCGUGCCGGUGGUGAAGUACGACAGGAAGGGCUUCAAGCCGCGGCCGCGGCAGAUCCUCCUGACCACCAGUGCCGCCUACCUGGUGGAGGAGGCCAAGAUCAAGCAGAGGGUCCUCUACACGUCUCUGAAAGGAAUCUCGGUCAGCAACCUCACUGAUGACAUCGUCGUGCUGCACAUCACCUGUGAAGACGCCAAGCAGAAGGGGGAUCUGGUGUUCCAGUGUGACCACCUCUUUGAGUUCCUGACCAAACUCAGCAUGCUGGCCAACAAACAAAAUGCCUUCCAAGUAGUGAAGGGCAGCAUCACGAUUGAAAUCCAGUCGGGGAAGCAGGGAGCGGUGGACUUCACCACGGGCCCGGAGCCCCUCGUGUACAAGGACAAGAACGGACACCUGAUGGUGGUUUCCACCAGAGUGCGGACAAGGUGAUCAGGGAAAGAUCAGGUCUGAAGCACAGGAAACCCUCUGCAUAUUUCAUCAGGAGAGGGAGAUGAGAAGGAGAGGAGCAGCUGGUUUGCAGACCACCAACCCGUGCUGCCUACAUUACCCACAAUGCAUCUGUGCUGCAUCUACAGCACAGCCCAAUCCCUGGGUUCAUGUACUGCGAUAUGGUGGCUGGUGG